AACGGGCUGGGCUUGGGCUAGGCCCGCCUCGCCAGCGCCAGGAUCCCGCCGGCUAGCGCUGGGCCGGGGGUUUACGGGGCUCGCUGGGAGCCGGGGCAGGCUCCGCUGGGAGGAGGCCCGGCGGUGUAGGGGUGUCGGGCCGGGCCUGGCUGGGAGGUGAGAGCAGAGAGCCCCGUGGUCCCGGCCCUGGCGCGGGUAAGGGUGAAGCUCCUGUGUGGGGUUUGGGCUGCUCCGGGCCGGGGCCUCCCCGAGGGCCCGGCCGGCGCCGUGACUACCCCGAGUGCUUCGUUGGGAAUGGUGUUCGGUCACCGCUAAUUGGGGAAGCAGGAAGUGAGUGAUGAAUAAACCGCAUUAGCUCCGUGAGUGGGGAAGCUCCUUGGACUUGACUGGCAUAGAGUCCAUGGACCAAUGUCGUCACACACUGGAGCAGCACAACUGGAACAUAGAGGCAGCUGUACAGGACCGACUGAAUGAGCAAGAGGGUGUCCCAAGUGUCUUCAAUCCCCCUCCGUCACGGCCCUUGCAGGUCAAUACAGCUGACCACAGGAUCUACAGCUACGUUGUCUCAAGGCCACAGCCAAGGGGCCUAUUAGGAUGGGGUUACUACUUCAUAAUGCUUCCAUUCCGAUUUACCUAUUACACAUUACUUGAUAUAUUUAGGUUUGCUCUGCGUUUCAUCCGCUCUGAUCCCCGUAGUCGGGUCACUGACCCGGUGGGUGACAUCAUUUCAUUUAUUCAUAUGUUUGAGGAAAAGUAUGGGAGGAUACACCCUGUCUUCUACCAGGGAACUUACAGCCAGGCACUGAACGAUGCCAAGCGGGAGCUGCGCUUCCUGUUGGUUUAUCUUCACGGGGACGACCACCAGGACACAGAUGAAUUCUGCCGCAAUACACUGUGUGUACCUGAGGUGGUCACCCUCAUAAACACCAGAAUGCUCUUCUGGGCUUGCUCAACCAAUAAACCAGAGGGAUACAGAGUGUCCCAGGCUCUGCGGGAGAACACGUACCCGUUCCUGGCCGUGAUCAUGCUCAAGGACCGCAGGAUGACAGUCGUUGGACGCCUGGAGGGCCUCAUCCAGGCUGAUGACCUCAUUAACCAGCUGAUGUUCAUCAUGGACGCCAACCAGACGUACCUGGUGUCUGAACGCCUGGAGAGGGAAGAGAGGAACCAAACCCAGGUCCUGAGGCAGCAGCAGGAUGAGGCGUACCUGGCGUCCCUGCGGGCAGACCAGGAGAAAGAGCGCAAGAAGAAGGAGGAACGGGAGAGGAAGAAGAAGAAGGAGGAGGAAGUGCAACAGCAAAAACUAGCAGAGGAGAGGCGGCGGCAGACGCUGCAGGAGGAGAAGGAGCGCAAGUCCGAGUGCCUGCCCCCGGAGCCACAUCCCGACGACCCCGAGAGCGUCAAGAUCAUCUUCAAGCUGCCCAAUGAUUCCCGGGUGGAGCGGCGAUUCCACUUCACACAGUCCUUGACGGUGAUCCACGACUUCUUGUUUUCCUUGAAAGAAAGCCCGGAGAAGUUCCAGAUCGAGGCCAACUUCCCGCGGCGGGUGCUGCCCUGCCUCCCCACAGAGGAGUGGCCCAACCCGCCCACGCUGCAGGAGGCCGGACUCAGCCACACGGAAGUCCUGUUUGUGCAGGACCUGACGGACGAUUGACACUUGUUUGGUUUGGUGGUUUCGGUGGGUUUCCCGUUGGUUUGGUUUUUGUUGUUUUUUUUCCAGAAGACACAACAAUGGAAAGAGAAAUUCAUAUUAUUAUUAUUAUAAUACGAUAUUUUUUUUAAACGAACUGCGUGCAGAUGAGGGAUCAGAGACACCGCGCCCGUGGCAGCGGCCACAGCGAGCCAGUGCCCCUCCUGGCACAGCCCUGUGCACAGCCGGCGCCGGGAGGGCAGGCAGCGAGGGGAGCCGCUGCUGCCCCUCCGCCCCCUCCCCCGGGGAGGAACAGGAACGGCAGCUCUCGGCAACUCUUGCUUUUAUUGACAACGAUAAUAGUAAAACCCCGACAACCCUGGUGAAGAUUUGAUACUCUGCUGCUGCUGCUGCCAGCCACGAGCCUGGGCACCGAAUGUGCUGGGAGUGGGGGGGUGGGAAGGGCUGGAUACGAUCUCUUCCGCUUCCCUCUGUGUAUAAAUAUCUUUCUUUUACUAUUUCUCUUGCUUUGUAAUGACCAAAGGAGAAGGGGGUUGACUAUAGUAUUAACUUUUGAUAAAGAGCUGGUUCGAUUCUUACCCACGUGGGGUCUUGCCCAGAGUUCUUAGCCUGCGUAGUGUAAUAAACUCUGCCUCUAGCA